UUGGCAGAAGCAGUUCAGAAAGACAGCUGUCACAGAGUUCCGGGAGCCAAGCGAGGGAUCGGAAGCAACCAGUCCAGGCCAGUUCCUCAGGCCCCUCUAGCCAAAGGAACCAUAAAGACCAGGAUUGGGACUUCCUCACUUCCUCCCCUCCGCGGUUCCGCCGGCAGCUUCCGGUUCCGGGGAGGGGGCCGGGUUUUCUUCCAAGAUAAGGGCACCGUCUACAGCGAGGAUGGCAGUGGUACCGCUACUGUUGUUCGGGGGUUUGUGGGGCGCUGUGGGAGCGUCCGAUCUGGCUGUCGUUACGUGCGGUUCUGUGGUGAAGCUGCUCAAUACGCGCCACAACGUCCGUCUGCACUCACAUGACGUGCGUUAUGGGUCAGGUAGUGGGCAGCAGUCAGUGACAGGUGUAGCCUCUGUGGAUGACAGCAACAGUUACUGGAGGAUUCGUGGGAAGACCGCCACAGUGUGUGAGAGGGGAACCCCCGUAAAAUGUGGCCAACCCAUCCGGCUGACACAUGUCAACACUGGCAGAAACCUCCAUAGUCACCACUUCACCUCACCUCUUUCUGGAAACCAGGAAGUGAGUGCUUUUGGUGAAGAAGGGGAAGGUGAUUAUCUGGAUGACUGGACAGUGCUCUGUAACGGGCACUACUGGGUGAGGGAUGGUGAGGUGCGGUUCAAACAUUCUUCCACUGAGGUACUGCUAUCUGUCACAGGAGAACAAUACGGUCGACCCAUCAGUGGGCAAAAAGAGGUACAUGGCAUGGCCCAGCCAAGCCAGAACAAUUACUGGAAAACCAUGGAAGGCAUAUUCAUGAAGCCCAGUGAGUUGCUGAAGACAGAAGCGCACCAUGCAGAGCUCUGAGCCCGAAGGCGCUGAUCCACUCUCACCACACAGUGUUCGUAGAUACCUGCUGCUGCUUCCCCCUGGGAUCCCUGCCACAGGUUCCCUGGGCAGUGGUUAUGUCACCACUGAGAUGAAGAUGCAUGGCAGAAAACUGGCUGUGUUUGGAAGCUUCAGCCCUUCACACUUAAAUUGUUUGCUCUACCAAACUUGGGCCAGUUCUUUUUGAGUACAGGACUUGUUGGUGAAGGGGCGGAUGCUUUUUAUUCAUACUGACAAAACAGAGGGAGACAACCCUCCUAGCUGAGAAUUUUUUACUCCUCGGGAGCUUGGCAUGAUGGAUUGCAAAUGUGUGUGACUUUUCCCCUAUUUCCUUUCUUCAAAAUGAUAAAAAACAAUUUCAUUGUUGGUCACUGUGUUGUCAUUUAUUAGGUAUGCUAUUUCAUGAUCAAGGAGCCCUGGUGGCACAAUGGUUAAAUGUUCAGCUGCUGCCCGAAAGGUUGGUGGUUUGAAUCCACCCAGUGGCUCCACUGGAAAAAGACCUCGUGAUCUGCUCCUGUGAAGAUUUCAGCCUAGAAAACCCCCAUGGGGCCAGUUCUGUUCUGUCGCAUGGAGUCACUAUGAGUUGAAAUCGACUUGAUGACACUGAACAGCAUGUUAUGAUUUCCAUAAUCCUCAAGUCCUAAGAUUGCUAUCACUCUUUUGAGAUGCUGGGAACCUUCAGUGUGGGCCUUUUUAAGAGCUUUACUUGCGUCCAAAUUUUUUGUCUAUUUUCACUCCCACCCCAAGAACCUCAUCUUUAUUAGAUUUUUGACCAACUGUGGUUAAAGACCCUCAAGUAAUACAGUUUAAUAAACAGCCAAUGAAAUGUUAAA